UUCUCAGAAAAAAAAAACACAUCUAUGGGUAGUAGUUUGCUUGACGAUGAGUGCGAUUACUUGUUUAAGACGGUUUUGAUCGGGGAUUCGGCGGUCGGGAAAUCGAAUCUUUUGUCGAGAUUUGCCAAGGAUGAGUUUCAUCUCGACUCUAAGCCAACAAUCGGGGUUGAAUUCGCUUAUAGGAAUAUUAAGGUCGGAGAUAAGAUGGUGAAAGCGCAGAUUUGGGACACCGCUGGCCAAGAAAGAUUCCGAGCGAUAACAAGCUCGUACUACCGCGGAGCAUUAGGUGCGAUACUGGUGUACGACAUAACACGAAGGGUAACCUUUGAGAACUUGCGGAAAUGGCUACAUGAGCUCAGGGAAUACGGGAAUCGUGACAUGGUGAUCGUUCUCGUCGGGAACAAGACGGAUUUGGUGGAGUCGAGAGAAGUCGAGGUCAGAGACGGUCAAAGUCUUGCACAAGUAGAGGAUUUGUGUUUCAUGGAGACAUCUGCAAAGGAGAAUUUGAAUGUGGAGGAUGCAUUUCUCCAAAUGAUCACAAAAAUCUUUGAAAUCGCAAGUCAAAAAAGCCUUGAAGCAAAGGAAAAUGAGGCAUCAAAGCAAGUUCUUGAAGGGAGGAAAGAGAUCAUUUAUGUGGUUGAUGAAGUCACUGCCACUAAACACACCAAUUGUUGUACCCUUUGACUUUUUAAGGUCAAACUGAAAGUGAAUUGAAAUAUACAAUUUUGUAUAAAAAUAUAUAACCCAGGUGCAUAUUAAAUUA